GGCAUCUGCUGUCCAUUGGAUCUCCCUACCAUUUUUUCGAAUACAGUUUAAAACCUAGCUCUUGCACGUCUUUUGCUAGUUCAGGUUCGUACAAUACUGCUGGCUGCUGCACUGCUUGUAGGUUUUCUUAUCAACGCAGUAGCGGGCGGUUUUGACGAGCAGAGGACAUUGUGUUGCUUGGGUGUUGAUCAGUGAACUGAGUUCGUAGACACUCUGUCUCCGUAUGGUGUAGAAGGAACUAAGGGUCGGAGUGGAUGGAGAAAAUAUCCGCGACAUGUGCUAUGGAAUGGAGUAUUGAGCUUGAGAAAGGGCUUCGAUCGAAGAAGCCGGGUCAUCGUAUCGAGGCAAUAAAACGAAUUGGUCAUAAACUUCAACAGUGGAGCAUGGAACCUAGCAUAACCUUGGCAAUAUCAGAUGUGUACGAUAUGGUUCCAGGAGAGGAUAUAUUAUUUGCUAACACAAUCAUUCUAAGGCUUGCUGAUGCUUUUUGCAAUGGAGAUAUUGAAGUAAGAAGGUGCAUCUUGAAAGUUUUCCUUGUGGAGUUGCAGCACAUCACCAAAAAGGGAAAAAAUUAUGAUGGUAUUUUGGCAAGGAAGAGGGUGCCAAAUCACUUAGAACUGCUUAAAAGGCUGCUUACUGUGUAUGACUCUGGUGAUCUUGAAGCGAAGUGCUUGACUUUGCGCAUGUUUGGUUGCUGGGCUUGUCUAGCAACGGAUAGCUCACAUAUAUGCUUUUUGAUACAUAAAAGUAUGCAAUCAAACCAUGAUUUAGAGGUAAAGGCAUCGUUAUUUGCUGCUGGUUGCUUUUCUAGAUUGUCCGAGGAUUUUGCCUACAUUUUUCUGAAAAUACUGAUUAGUAUUAUUUCUUCAAUAACAAGAUCCCCAGAUGUAAGGUUAGAGGCGGUUCGUGCUUUGGCUAAACUGCAAUGCUCAUCAGCUAUUACCGAAUAUGCAUACCAGGCUGGUAGAAGAGUGUUGUUGGAUUUGCCAGUUGAUGAUGUCAAAGCUGAGAUGUUGUCAUCACUCUCAAAGCUUGCUUCAAAGACAACCUUGAUAUACCUUGAUCAGCUUGAUUUGUUGCAGUCAUUCCUAAACCAUGAAUAUCCCAUCCCGUUGAAGGCUAGAGCUUUAAGAUGCCUACAUUUUCUGCUUGUUGGAGGUUCCUGCCAUUUUCCUGUCAGGAAGAAUAUUCUUUCUGCACUAUGCAGUAUGUUUGAUGACAACAAUCUUCCGCUUAGUCUCCAAUGUUUAUCUUUGCAGAUUCUGUGCAAGAUAUUCUCUACUAGGCAACUAAAUCUACCAGUCUCAGACAUUCCUGAUUUAGUCAAGGUUCUUGUAGUUGUAAAAAAUUCGGAUAUUCCCAUGACAAAGAGACGUCUUGCUCUUAACCUUCUCAUAGAUAUUUUGUGUUCCAUGAAGAAAGGUGGGAAAGAACAUUAUGCUUCUUCUGCAAAUUGGCUCUCCAACAUUGCCCAACUCCAAGGUAGUUCAUCUUCUGGACCGCUGACUUCCAGUGGAUGUAGUCUAACACUACUUAUCAACAAUAUUUCUUUUUUGAUUAUGGAUCAAGUGAACUUCCUAGUGAAGGAAAUAAUUUGCAGUUGUCAUAAGGAGGUGAAAUGUGUUGAGAAUCUGAAGUCUGGCAGUGAAUUAUUUGUAUUGAAGAAAGAACUCAAGAGCAUACUUUAUCUUAUUUUACGCCUUGUUCAAGAGGACUCUUCAUCAUGUUUGGUUGCUUUUAGUAAAUUAAGAUGUAUUGUGCACUAUCUGGUCAGUUUGCUUACUGAGGGUAGAGGUGAAACAUGCAUAGCUUCUGAGGCAGUUUCACCUAAGGAAACAAAUUAUGAAACGAAUGAUAUUGUCUUCAGGCCCUUGGAGUCUGAUGGAGAGAAAAUUACUGUUAUUUUAGCGUUUAUAUUGUGCUUAUGCAGGUUUGCAAAUGCUUGUAUCAGCAUUCUUCAUGAAACUAACUCAAUAACCAGUGAAGUGCGACAUAUACUAAAGGAUGUUGUUAAUUGCAUUAAGCUGUCUGAAUGUUCGUGUUAUUAUUCAUUUGAAGUAUUUUGUCUUAUAGUUCAUUCAUUUGUCUUUGAUUACGGUUUCAAAGAAGUUAAAGGGAAUAAAGUAAAAGUUGGUGAUGAAAUAUGCUGCCCUCAUAGUAUUUUCUGGUUUCAUCAGGAGUGCCUUGCACUUGACUUCACCAAAAAGAUACUAAGAAGGGGUAAUUACUGGGAAGUUUAUAAAGCUGGAAAAUACUCUUGUUUACAAGGUCUGUGGUUUGCUGCUACCUUUUCUUUUCGUAAGUUGAUAGAUGUUGCAAAAUCAGGAAAUUACUCUAACUGGAUUAAAGCUUUGAUGCUAUAUGUUGGCGGUGAAAGUGAAAUCAAAUUGCUGCUUUUUCCUAGAGCAGGUUUGGAGCUGAUUAAUAGUUUCCAGUAUUCAAGUGAUAGCGACCAACCUUUUAGGUACAGUGGAGGAGAAACAAAUGCAUGUGUUGGUGAGGGUUAUGACUGGAAUGCUUUUAGAGCAAAUCUUUCUAGGGUUUGCGGCAGAAUUUCCUCUUCUGAGAAAGUUUUGGAAGGCUCUGCUGAUUUCAAUGGCGUAUUCUUUUUUCAGAGAUGGUUUCUUAAUCUCAGAGGCAAUUUUCUUCAAAUUGUCGCGGAAACUCUUAGUCUUCUGUGUUCUAGUACACUUGCUGAGGAAAAAUAUAAAAAUAGCACUAGGCUCAAUCCUUUAAAUGCAUCAAAAGUCACACAUGAUAUGCAUACUCUUGUAUGUGCUUUGGCUAGGGUAUCUUUUCGGGUCAAUAAUUUAGCUAAAGGUUAUGAUCUUCUGGCUACAUCUUUCAUGGAUAUUGAUGCAGUAAGUUUUCGAGGCAUUUCAAGGCUUGGUUUCAUUUGUUCCACACUUGCCUUUUGCACUUCUUUUGCUACCAAUGUUUUAAACAGAUCUGCUUUCAAAAAUAUUAUAUCCUCAAGUGCAACUAACCUUGAAAUUUAUUCAAAUCUAAAGAUUGUGCAAGAUUUAGUUGAGCGAUUGAUGGAUAUUGAUUAUACAAUUGCUAGGAAACUCAUGAAGUUUAUCUUGGCUAAAGAAGAAAUCAAGCAUGGAUUAUACUCCAAAAUGAAUAUACAUGGUCCUACCCUAUUUGAUAAUGUUUCUUUAUCACUCAUACAAUCUGCUAUAAGUGGUAUUCUAUGCGUCCAAGUUGAUUUAGAGGUGGUUGAUGAUGAAGAGGAUCUAAUUGCAAUUUUUCUUAGGGGAUUGCAACAUCUUUUUUGCUUUAUUACGAAAUGGAUGGAGAUCCCCUUAAUCACUCCCAAAUAUUUUUUUAGCGUGAGGCCUUGUAUUGGUUCGGAGCUUUACAUUUUCCAUGCAAACUCUUGUCAUAGAGAUGAAAUACUUGUUAAAUCUGGUGUCCAAUUGCCGUUGAAUCUUUGCAUUAAACUUAAGAAUGCAUCAAAAAAGAAGUGUGCGAGCAUAACUAAGAUCUACUGUGUUCUUGCUGUAAGAGCAGCUGAUCGCUUUACUAAUGGAAGUGGAAGGCUAGCCCCUGCACAAUGUCUGCCUCAAACUCAUAAGGCUGAGGACACGUUAUGGUUAAGUGAGAUUCUACUGCUUCUCCUCCGAGCCAAUAAUGCGGAGACAGAUAAAGAGCAUCAGAAUGUGGUUGAUGAUGGAAGCUUUUUAGCAACUUUGGCAUGUUUUGAGCCCAACAAAAUGGGGCUGGGAUUCUCAACUUGCUUGCUCAAUAUUUCACAUUUACCUGAGGGUUCUUAUCCGAUUAAAUGGCAUAGUUGUUGUGUUGAUGAUCGUGGAUUUUAUUGGAAUUUGUUAUCUUUGAACAAUGAAUCAGUGUUUACUAUAAAGAAGACCUGAUGCUGAUAAUCUGCAGCAUCGAGGAUUCUCCAAUGUCAUGCUUCCCUCAUUUUUAUAUAAGAAAUAUUCCCCUAGGUAUGCCUCUUGGCAGCUCCGACAGCAAUCAAUUUUAGAGUUGUCUUCUCAUUCUUAGCUUAUCUUUGUAUAAUUGUAUGUGUGUGUGUGAAGAACUUAUGCCAGCUGAAUUGAGAAAAAACUAUUAACUUUGACUUGGUCGGGGUUUUUGCAAAGUCAACUCUCAGCUGUUGUAAAAACUAAGCUCUUUUGGUGAAUGUGACCUUAUUUUUUAUCCUUAUGUAUUGAUUUUGUGCAAUAUAUGUAUAAUUUGGAUUUGGGAUC